AGGCGUUGGACUGAAGAAGCUAUUGGUGAAUCUUGUUCCUGUAUCCAGUCCAUUUUCGUCAUCCAAUUCUUGCCUGGUUCAUAUUCAGCCAGCAAGGUACCAGCAAUUCCAUUCCUUCCUCCUUUUCAGUCUGAUAGUUUCGAUGUUGGUCUUUGAGUUCGUUGUCCUCCCAAAACGUCAGCAGAGAUGCUGAGUGAACUUGCUAUUAGCUGGUGCUCAAGGAUUCCGCUUCCCACAGGCAAUCAACUAAAACCAUGCGGCCUCUUGUCUUGUUGGAAUGCGAAGACAACGCGUUGCGGCAACAGUUCCCUUCGUUCUGCUAACAAGAGGUGCAUGAAAUCGCAGCCAUUUGGCAAAAUCGUUAAGUUGGUAGCAAAGGAAAGCGUUGGUUCUUUGUGGGUGUCAAGAAGGUUGAUUGUAGGUGGUGGUGGAGUUCUGCCGCUGGUGAUGAUGGUAAUGGGUGGUGGUGAAGGAAGCCCGUUUUCAGCUUAUGCUAGACCUAAGAAAUCCGAAAUCGAAGAGGUGUUAAAGAAUGUGGAGUGGCCAGAGAAGUUUCCUUUCAAGGAUGAAGAUUUUCAACGGUUUGAUGAGUCCUCGGAUUCUUUAUUCUAUUCUGCUCCACGUUUUGUGACACACAUAGAUGAUCCAGCCAUUAAUGCACUCACAAAUUAUUACUCAUUAGUGUUCCCUCCAAGCAAUACACCAGGAGUGUCUCUGCUAGAUAUGUGCAGCAGUUGGGUAAGCCAUUACCCUCGUGGCUAUAGACAAGAGAGAAUUGUGGGAAUGGGAAUGAAUGACGAGGAGCUCAAGAAGAAUUCUGUUCUGACAGAGUAUGUGGUUCAAGAUCUAAAUGUGAAACCACAACUUCCAUUUGAAGGCGGGUCUUUUGAUAUCAUAACUAAUGUGGUCAGUGUUGAUUAUUUGACCAGACCAUUAGAAGUAUUCAAGGAAAUGUGUAGAGUUCUUAAACCUGGAGGUCUAGCUAUAAUGAGUUUUUCAAAUCGUUGUUUUUGGACGAAGGCAAUUUCCAUAUGGACAUCCACUGGUGAUGCUGAUCAUGUGUUGAUUGUCGGUUCCUAUUUUCACUAUGCUGGAGGCUUUGAAACACCUCAGGCCGUUGAUAUUUCUCCAAAUCCAGGGCGAUCAGAUCCAAUGUAUGUUGUCUAUGCAAGAAAAGCGCAAGCUUAAGCAUCACAAGCUUCAUAACCAAAAUGACUACCAGCUUGAAACUCAUUCCGGAAGUUUUACACUGUAUUCUGUUCCCCCCAAAUGCAGGAGCUGAUCAUCUAAUGACUCCCCAGCUCUGUAGAAAAGUUCUUUGUUAUUUUAUGUAUUAAUUCAUGAAUAAAUUAAAGUG